AUUUCACCAAGCGUUUCCAUUUCAGUUUAGUUCGGUUGAGUGAAUUGGGGUGCGGUGUGGUGUUUAUAAUAUUGAGUAUAAAUAUUGUCGAAAAGUAGAAUAAAAAUUAGAGAUUCUUUGGUAAAGGUGUGACAUUCUCACCAAAUCACCAUGAGUUACAUGCAGUCUAACCAAAAUAGACCAAUGUCUCAAAGCUACCAUCAAGGUCCAAAUGAUUUGCCAAUGCAGUCUUCAAAAGAACAAACAUUAUUGUGGCAACAGAACUCCUACUUGGGAGAUUCUGGAAUCCAAUCUGGGGCUGCUACUCAGGUGCCAUCUUUGACAGGAAAGGAAGAAGAAGAGAUGGACUUGUUUGAUCUGGAUCAACCUUAUCAAGGUUUUACACAAGAUCAAGUAGAUGAAAUGAAUAACCAGCUGAACCACACCAGAUCUCAAAGAGUGAGAGCUGCCAUGUUUCCUGAAACUUUAGACGAAGGAAUCGAAAUUCCUUCCACACAAUUUGAUCCAAAUCAUCAAACAGCAGUUCAGCGUUUGGCAGAACCUAGUCAGAUGUUGAAACAUGCAGUAGUUAAUCUUAUUAACUACCAAGAUGAUGCUGAUCUUGCUACAAGAGCUAUACCAGAAUUGAUCAAAUUGUUGAAUGAUGAGGAUCAGGUUGUUGUCUCUCAGGCUGCUAUGAUGGUACACCAGUUGUCAAAGAAAGAAGCAUCAAGACAUGCUAUUAUGAAUAGCCCUCAAAUGGUGGCUGCUUUGGUCAGAGCUAUAUCAAAUUCCAAUGAUUUGGAAACUACAAAAGGUGCUGUUGGAACAUUGCACAAGUUAUCACACCACAGACAAGGUCUACUCGCCAUAUUCAAAAGUGGAGGAAUACCAGCUCUUGUAAAAUUACUUAGUUCUCCAGUAGAAAGCGUACUUUUUUAUGCUAUCACCACACUUCACAAUUUAUUGCUCCAUCAGGAUGGUUCUAAAAUGGCUGUUAGGCUUGCUGGAGGUUUGCAAAAGAUGGUUGCACUUUUGCAGAGAAAUAAUGUUAAAUUUUUGGCUAUUGUGACUGACUGUUUACAAAUUUUGGCAUAUGGAAAUCAAGAAAGUAAACUAAUUAUUUUGGCAAGUCAAGGUCCUAUUGAACUAGUGAGGAUUAUGAGAUCUUAUGAUUACGAGAAGUUGUUGUGGACUACAUCAAGAGUUCUAAAGGUGUUAUCAGUGUGCUCCAGUAAUAAACCUGCUAUAGUGGAAGCUGGAGGAAUGCAAGCUUUAGCCAUGCAUCUGGGCAAUCCAAGCACUAGGCUAGUUCAAAAUUGUCUGUGGACUUUGAGAAACUUGUCAGAUGCUGCCACAAAAGUUGAUGGUUUGGAAAGCUUACUACAAUCGUUAGUACAGGUUUUAGCAUCUUCAGAUGUGAAUGUUGUUACAUGCGCAGCAGGUAUUCUCUCUAAUCUUACUUGUAACAAUCAGCGUAACAAAGUAACAGUCUGUCAAGUCGGUGGAGUUGAUGCAUUAGUGCGUACAAUUGUUAGCGCAGGAGACCGCGAAGAAAUAACUGAACCAGCUGUUUGUGCUUUACGUCAUUUGACUUCAAGACAUGUGGAAUCUGAAAUGGCCCAGAAUGCUGUCAGACUCAACUAUGGAAUACAGGUUAUUGUAAAAUUGUUGAAUCCACCAUCUCGUUGGCCAUUGGUAAAAGCAGUUAUUGGUUUAAUCAGAAACUUGGCCCUUUGUCCGGCCAAUCAUGCUCCAUUAAGGGAACAUGGUGCCAUCCAUCACCUGGUACAGCUAUUGAUGAGAGCAUUCCAAGAUACACAGAGACAAAGAGCAAGUGUUGCGAGUGGAGGCAGCCAACCACCUGGAACUUAUGCUGAUGGUGUUCGCAUGGAAGAAAUUGUGGAAGGAACAGUUGGGGCUUUACACAUAUUGGCUAGAGAAUCCCAUAAUCGAGCAAUCAUCAGGCAGCAAAUGGUUGUACCCAUAUUUGUGCAGCUUCUUUUUAACGACAUUGAAAAUAUUCAACGUGUAGCGGCUGGUGUACUCUGUGAACUUGCAGCUGAUAAAGAAGGAGCAGAAAUGAUAGAACAAGAGGGAGCUACUGCACCAUUGACUGAAUUAUUACAUUCAAGGAAUGAAGGUGUUGCUACAUAUGCAGCAGCGGUGUUGUUUCGUAUGAGUGAAGAUAAACCACAAGACUACAAAAAACGACUGUCGAUGGAAUUAACAAAUUCCUUAUUCCGAGAAGAGAACCUUUGGAAUCCAGAUCUUGGAAUGGGUCCUGAUUUGCAGGAUAUAUUGAGUCCAGAUCAGGCUUAUGACAACAUGUAUGCUCAAGGUCCACCUAGUGUUCACAGCAGUCAUGGUGGUAGACCUUACCAACAACAAGGGUAUGACCAGAUACCCAUAGAUAUGCAAGGUUUAGAAAUCGGCGGAAAUGGUUCGACAUAUAGUGGAAUCGACGCCAUGGACGUAACCAGUGGUGAUCCAGGUUUAAGUUUUGAUACCAUUGACCAACUUCCAACCCCUCCACAAGAUAAUAACCAUGCCGCAGCCUGGUACGAUACCGACCUAUGAAAUUUUACGGAAACAGACUGUGUUUUACAAACACUGAAUUAUGUAUUGUUCAUUUGAAACUGUCCCCUUUAUAUUAUUUUACUGGAAUUUGUUUAUAUAUACAAAUUAGAUUUUAGGGUAGGUAUCAUCUUUAGUGGCAAUUUUAUUUUAUUAUAUAUACAGUAAGACCCCGCUUAACGUGUAGGAUACAUUAUAUCAAAGUAGAGCGAAACAGCGCUAAAGGAGACUAUCUUAACAUUUAUUUCUCAAAAAAAUAAAAACAAUAUAAACGAAUACACUUAUAAAAACAAAAAAAAUCAAAAUCAGAUCAAUUAGUCUAUUCUGUAUUUCCAAUUUUCUGUCAAGAAGGCACCUAAUGUAGUUUGCGGUUUCAUUUUGUAUUCUGUUGUUGAUAAGUGGAUAAAGAUUCUGUAACACCACCCCGUUUUGCUAUUGGACUCCUGUCAAAAUUUGGAUCAUUUACAACAAAUUUUUCCAUAAUUUCAGUUAUAGUGACCAAUCUUUUAGUUGAAGAUGCCAAAUUCAAUGCAGCACUAAUUUGACAUUAACGCUCUAAUCACUUGCAUUUUAGUGUCCAUUAAAAUGUUUUUUCUGGUUUCUAUUUUUUCUUGUUUUUUAUUAUCACCCAUGAUGAUCACAAUACUAAACAAGAAACACUGUUUCCUAUAUGUUUUGAACAUAUUUGGAAAUUUAGCGAUGUGCAUAAUUUCGUGGAAUCCUCGGAUUGGAAAAAAGGGCGCAAAACAAUAACAGCGUUAAGCGGGAUCUUACUGUACUUUUAUAAAAUUGUUUAGUUGUAUUGUUUUAUAGCUUCGAAAAAAAUCUGGAUUAUAAAAAUGAAACUAAACGACUGAUACUUUUUAACAUCCAGAUUUCCUUUAAUUUAAAUUUUUUUGUUAAUUGUUUUAUACUAUCCCUAUGUUGUCAAUUUAUGUUGCAAUAAUAGAUUUUUUACAUAAAAAUAUUAAGUGAAUUGCUUCAAUAAUUUACUCUUUCAUUAAUUUUGUAUGGUAGAGACUUGAAAUAAGUAAACAGUAUUCAUAGGGUAAAAUAUUUAUCAAUAGAAAUUAGUUUUUUUUAAUAGAGUAAGUAACAUUUCCCUAAUUAUUUAUUUAAAUCGAACUGUCUCCCUACUCUUUUGUCUUUCGCACAAUAAUCAUCUCUUUAUUUUAUGUGAAUUUAAGUCAAAACGUUUUUCAUAUACAGGGUAGAAUGUUAAUUAUAUAAAGGCACUGCCUUCUAUAUUGCAUGUAAUUUUUAGACAUUAAUUAAAUUUCUGAUUGUAAAUCAA